GUGGCAUGCAUCGAUGCACACUGUCGGCGUUUUUGUCACCGCCGCGUUACAUGCGUUUCCAGUGACAUAUAAAGAACGGUGAUGAUGAUGACGACGAUGAUAAUGAUGAUGUUGCCGUCGCCGUCGUGCCUAGUGUUGCUGUAGCGUCUUCGCGAGCGCGCUCGAGGAUGCUCAGGUGGUGCUGCUAGUGACAGGAAAGCUAUGUGCAGUGUUGUGAUGUGUUCGCCUAGUGUCGUCAACGGUCAAGUGCUCGUCCGACUCUGUACAUGUUUUUCGUUACGAGGCGUGCCUAUUUAACGACUAAAGAGGAAGAGUGCUGCACGUAGAACGAACUGGCUCAACCGUGAAUGCAGAAAGUGCGGGGAAGUGCACAAGGGACACGUACAGCGCGCGCUGUAUCGGGAACUACACCCUGUAUGGCGACGGCGGCGGCGGCUGCCGAUAAUGUUCGCUGAUAGGUUAGGUGCCAGGUGCCUAGAACGCUGCUGGUAAAAUGGGCAAAUUGUUGUCAAAGAUCUUCGGCAACAAGGAGAUGCGUAUUCUCAUGUUAGGACUGGAUGCCGCAGGAAAAACUACAAUAUUGUAUAAACUUAAACUAGGACAGUCUGUGACAACUAUACCAACCGUAGGAUUCAAUGUAGAAACAGUUACCUAUAAGAAUGUUAAAUUUAAUGUGUGGGAUGUAGGUGGUCAAGAUAAAAUACGACCGUUAUGGCGUCAUUACUACACAGGAACACAAGGACUUAUUUUUGUAGUAGAUUGUGCAGAUCGAGAUAGAAUCGAUGAAGCUCGCCAAGAACUCCAUCGGAUUAUAAAUGAUAGAGAAAUGCGUGAUGCGAUAAUUUUAAUUUUCGCUAAUAAACAAGAUCUUCCUGAUGCAAUGAAACCACAUGAAAUACAAGAAAAAUUGGGGUUAACUAGGAUACGAGAUAGAAAUUGGUACGUUCAACCUUCUUGUGCCACAACAGGAGACGGGCUUUACGAGGGCCUUACGUGGUUAACCAGUAAUCAUAAAUUAUGAGCAAAUAUUUAUUUUUCACAAAUUAGCUUUAUGGAGAAUACACAUUUGGCUUGUACCUUUAUUUUAAUUUAUCGUGCGAUGCGAAGGCUCUAUCGAGAUAUACGACGAGGUAUAGAUAGAUUUUGACGAGGUCUUUUUCAUGAGCAAACAAAAUUGCAGAUGCAAAAGAGGGGGGGAAAAAUACAAUAUAAAGACGACUAUUAAUGGUGUGUUCCAGUAAAAAUAUCGAUACUAGGUAAAUAGUAAUUUAUUAUUAACGAAGUACCAAGGGAUGUGACCUUUGUUACUAGCUAUUUAUCGCAGUCCAUGGAAAUUAUUAUCGAUUAAGAUUACAUGACGGGUUUAACAUCUCUCUGUACUAUAAUAACACAAAUGUACCAUUUUACGAGACACAUAAGUUGUACAAGUUGAAGAACGAAGAAGAAGAUUACUAGGGGAUCUAGUUACGAUUAUUAAUUAAGGAGAGUAACGGAUCCGUAAAAAAAGAUUAAUAUACUGUAUCGCUUACCUUGUAAAACCUUAUUCAAUAUCUAUGUGAUUGUUACUCGAGAGGAAUUAUGGUUUUUCGAGAGCGGAAAGUACUUGGAAUUUUUAACGAAUUACAGCUAGAUUUUUAACUUUGCAAUAUCUCGUUCUCAAAAUUCUCUAACGUGUAUUGUAUAAUAUUCAUAUAUAUGUAGUCAGCGAUUAUAGUGCGCGAGUAAAUUUAUAACAUGGAGGCUUUACAUAGUGCAGCAACAUUAUUUUUCCGUAAACAUCCUUUUGUUAUUAUUUACAAUUUCGUGCCGAAAUAAUUGCUCGUAAUCAGGUUUUGGUGACGUGGUCUUCCAAUUCGAUAGUUCACGUGUGCGUUUUGGUCGAUUCUGUAUUUUGUUUUUUUUUUGUUUCUCCAUUUAUUGCAUUUGACUGCAUACGUAUUUUCUCGACCGUUGAAUCGGAGUUCAAUGACGUGUCCGAGGUAUCACUAGAAUUUUCCCGAUCACGCACAAGUCACGAGACAUAAGAAGAGAUGCAACAUCGAGUUACCGAUUUACUGUUAUCGUAAAUUCCAAAAACCAAAAAGAAAAAAAGGAACGAUGUUACAAGCAGCAUAAAAGCAUUAAAUCUGCCAAUAUUUUUUCCAGUUUAAGUGAGUACAGUUUAGUCGGAUAAUAAAACGUUUAGUAUUAGGUCGCAGGAGGAUCAGACCAUUAAUCUGAGCUAAAAAAACAUUUUACGGUCAAAAUUAAUGUUUCCGUGAUUGUUUCGUUUCUCAUAGCGUAAUCUUGUAGUGUUUAAGGCUAAUAAGAAGAUUUUGAGAUUCAUAAGUGAACGUAGAAGUUUACAAGUGUUCAAAGUGUUCGUAUAAUUAUUGAAUCAAAUUGAGUUACGAGUAAAAGUAGCGCUGAUACACCUGUAAUUUGUCAGUACGUUGACGCCCUGUUUGCAUUCCACGGUAUAUUAGCGAAUUAGAUUGUUAGUGAAAUGUUUUAGUUAAUAUGAAUAAUCUACAUGGAUUAUAACGGGGACUUUCCAAGCGUGUAAGUUUGCAUAACUUCCUCAGCAUCCGUACCAUUAAUGUUAAGUAUCUCACUUACGAAACACCGUAAAGUUGGACACACGUUAUAUUUCGGUAAAGGAAAAAAAUCAUAAUCAGGCUUUGGAAGUACUGAAUUAUUUUUCAGAAUUAGCUACGUAAAUUUAUGCUCUAUGGCUACGUAUAUGUACAAUCUCUCAUCAUAGUAAUCUCUACAUAUUUUAACAAUGUUUUGAAUAGCGAAUACCAUUUACGCGUAUUAUGUACUAACUAUAUAUAUAUAAAAACGAAAAAAAAAAAUAUUAUAUAUAUUCUUUUAAAUGCAAAAAUAAUAAAUUCAUAUGUUUUAUCAUCGGUUUUAACAGCAACCAUUUUCAUAUUAUUAAUUAUAUGUUAACGAUGUUAAUUAACGAAAUUUUAUGUACAUAAAUAUGUUUGAUAUAUUCCAAAUGUAGUGUUUUAUGUUGGAUAUGUUAUAUAUAUCCCAUGUAUUCACGAGAACGUGUAAAGAAAUGUGAAACUAUAAUAGUACGUGUGUGUAUGCACACAUAUUACACGCAUACAUGUACACUCUCACACACACACAUAUUUCUAUUUCCAUGUUAAUUAAAAGAAGAGAUAUAUAUAUAUAGAGAAAAAAGGAAUCGCUUCAAGAAUUUGCUAAUUUUUAUAGCAAGUUUAUAACAAGGUUUAGAAAAAAUUUUUCUAUUAUGAUUUAUUUCACAACGAUAUUUCUCCUUUGUUAUGCAAAUCAUCAAUUAUUUCACUUCAUGGAAUCAACAAAAAUAUAAUUCAGAACCAUAGAGUAUUUAAUUAAUUGCUUAAUUGAUAUAGUCCAAAGCCUGAACAUAACGAGGUAACAUUUUGCAGCACUAGGAGAAUGUCGAUGACUAAUAGAGAAGCAUAUAUAUUAGUAUAAUUUUAUUACUGUACAACGUGCGAGUUUUACUCGAUGGCAAUGACAAAUUCAUUCUAAAUAGAGAUUCAGAAAUAACUGAAGGAGACCGAUAGAAGUGAAAUUAUAGUCGAAUUUUGAAGUUUAUAAUUUCUGAUUUGAUUCGCGAUAGUUUAGUUACGACAUGGAACUUUGUAUUGAAUUCAUGUGCAUUUAGAAUACAGAUGUGUGGCUUAUUACGAUUCCUAGAUUUGAUACUAUCAAUGUUGUAUAGAGACUCUAAAUUUACUACUCGGAAAGGAAUAGCGCAGGAGACGAUUAUUCUAGACAAAUGACACAAUAAUGCCCGCGCGUUCCUUUUAUUUGUACACAUGUAUAUCCUUUCAAUUUCAAGAGAGAGGAAUGUUAAAGUAACGAUUUACCAUUUUUUUAAAUUAAUGACGUUUGAUAACUACAUCUUAUCAGGGGCCAAAAAAAA